AUGGCACAUCCAACAUCAUCUAGCUCCGCCUCAGGUCCUUCCUCUUCUAUAAGUAUCACGUCUGGCUGGUUGGACUCUGUCGAUGCAGUUUACCAUCUCUUCGAGCAGCCUGAGUUGCGCAGUCGGUACCCAUCUCUAGCAACCAAAGUCAAGGAGGGGGUGCAGCUCUGCGAAGAAGUUAUCAAGGAGCUCGGACUCGAACACUGUGCCCUCAGCUUCAACGGUGGGAAGGACUGCACGGUCAUUGUACACAUGCUAGCAGCGGUGUUACGAAGGCUCACGGGUCUCACAACGUCGACCGAAGGCCCAUUGGUCUCCCUACCGUCAGUGUACAUCACCUGCCCCUCACCCUUCCCCAUCCUCGAGUCCUUUAUCCGAGCAUCUCAAGUGCGGUAUAACCUCGAUUUGGUCACAGUGCCAGGUGACAUGAAAGAUGGGCUAGUAGAGUACUUUGAUGGUGGGGGAGAAGCUGGCGUGCCCCCGCUGGAGUCGAGGCGAGAAGAGCAAGGGCAGGACAGGCGGAGAGAGGUCGAAGGGAGGCAUAAGAGGGGCACCAAAGCCAUCUUCAUUGGGACUAGGCGGACGGAUCCUAUGGGUGACACUCUCACUCCGCGGAAAUGGACUGACCCAUCAUGGCCAAAGGUGGAGCGGAUUCACCCAAUUCUGGAUUGGGACUAUGCCGAUGUCUGGGAGUUUCUGCGGUGUCCUGCCUUGGGCCACUCUCCAGCCGAUGCGUCCGACAAGACCAUGAACUCACGGCAGUCGGUAGAGCGGAAUCGGCGGACGACAGCAAAGGAUGAAGAGGAUGGGUACGGAACGGCUGGUGGUGGACAGGAGGGCGUGCCGUACUGUCGUCUCUACGACGAAGGGUUCACUUCUCUCGGCAGCACAUUCAAUACGUUCCCAAAUCCUCUGCUCCAAAUCGAGGAGGGGGAGCAAAAUGUCCCGAAUGGCCAUGACCAUAGCAGUAGCAGCGGCAGCGGCAGUGGCAGUGGCGGCAGUACAUUCAGGCCCGCCUGGCAACUAAAGGAUGGCAGCUCCGAGAGGGCUGGCAGAGGGGACAAGAGCAAGAAGUAA